UCCGUUCUUACGCCAGUAAUUGGCAUUACGUAAAAGCUUCGAAACGCUCCCACGAGAGGACGCCGCGAACGGUGACAUUGUUCGACAAAGAUGAGUUGGGAGAUUUCUCACUUCCCUUCGACUAGGGGUCGUGAUGUAUAGAGGUAAUUCAUUUCUGGCAGAAAUGAGUUGCUCCGCCAUUGAGGGAUAACAGGUAGGAAGCGGAUUAACCGUCCGCAUCCUCCGCCAGGGGCAGCACAGGACGCGAUCACACGACCCUGCUCGUGACCAAUCUCUCAACUCAUCUCUGGUGUCGUUUUCCUGCUAAAAAACGUUUUACGAUGUUUUCUUCGGCGCCGCGUAUAAUUUCAUUUACAUCUCGACUUGCAAAUUGAAACAUCAGAACGAGUUUUUAAUAUAGUGUUUAGACAUUUCGGUUAUGUUAUGAAGUAACGUUAGAUUGAUAAUUUGAAAUCCGUGGAAUUCUCGCAUCAACGAUAAAAUGUCGUAUUUAACGAAGAAAGAAAUAGAUGAGAUGAAACCGCAGAUCGAAAAGGCGGUUCAUAAGUUUCUGGGUUUUGGAGAACCAGCUAUUGUUACUACUGCUGUUAAUUGCAUAACUUCUGGCUAUGACAAAAGAAAAACAGCAGAUAAACUGUCCGCACUCUUGGAGGACAAGAAGGCAUCUAAAUUAACAGAGAAGAUAUUUACUAUUUACGAUGAUACCAAAGCGGCACAAAAGUCUAGGAAGCGAUCUCACACAGAGGACAAGGACAAGGAAAAGGACUCGAAGAAGGCCAGGCUAAAGGACGAAGAAGUAAAAAAUGACAAGACCAUCGAAGCGCAUCUCUCGGCGGAUAAGAUUAAACAAAUGAUGGCAAAUGCACAAAGAGAAAUAGAGGAAAGGAAAAGAGCAUUAAAAGCAAUAAAGCAGGACGACGUUCCACCGGUGAGACCUCUUUUUAAGGCCCGUGACUCUUUGCCAAAUUUAGGAAGCAUGUAUAAUCAAGGACUACUGAGUAAGACCGAUUCGGACAAGGCAAGGAAAAUUGCUGCACUUCAAGCUCAGAUUAGGAAUAAAUUAAGUUCGGGCUUGCUUGGUAGCGUCGGGGUGCCAGAUAAACCUACUCCUCUCAUUUUGGACGAAUCUGGAAGAACCGUGGACAUAACGGGAAAGGAAGUCCAGCUCACUCAAGUCGUACCUACCUUGAAGGCAAACAUCAGAGCGAAAAAGCGUGAAGAAUUCAAAGCUCAGUUACAAGAGUCAAAAGGCCCAGAAGAGAUUCAAGACACCCACUUCUUUGACAACAGGAUAGGUACUAAGUCUGCAAUUCGUGGUAAGAGAGCUCUGAAGUUUCAUGAACCAGGGAAAUUCCAACAGUUGGCCGAGAGGAUACGUAUGAAAGCGCAACUAGAGAAGCUGCAAAAUGAGAUCAGUCAAAUUGCUAGGAAAACAGGAAUCAGUUCAGCUACGAAAUUGGCAUUGAUCGCUCCGAAAACUGAAGCACUCAGCGAAGAUGUACCUAACGUAGAAUGGUGGGAUUCCGUCAUUGUAACGGGAAGUUAUGCCAGCGAAGACGAGUCUACGUCGAUCAAAAACUCUACGAUUACAAACUUAGUGGAGCAUCCAACCCAGAUGAGACCACCAACGGACCCACUGAAGCCGAUCUACAUGCCCGUUUUCCUCACGAAGAAAGAACGCAAGAAACUACGAAGGCAAAAUAGACGGGAAGCUUGGAAAGAGGAGCAGGAGAAGAUCAGGCUUGGUUUGGAGCCUCCUCCGGAGCCAAAACUAAGAAUCUCCAAUCUGAUGAGGGUUCUAGGUACCGAAGCAGUGCAAGAUCCUACGAAAAUAGAAGCUCACGUUCGCCAGCAGAUGGCGAAGAGAUUAAAAGCUCACGAGGAUGCAAAUGCUGCAAGAAGACUCACUGCCGAGCAACGUAGGGAGAAGAAGGCCAGGAAGAUAAAGGAGGACACUAGUCUAGGUGUACACGUCGCUGUCUACAGAAUUCGAGAUUUGGUGAACAAUGCCUCGAAGAAGUUCAAAGUGGAGACAAAUGCGAAGCAGCUCUAUCUAACGGGCUGCGUGAUGCUCUUCAGGGAUUGCAACGUUGUGGUGAUCGAGGGAGGUGCGAAGCAGCUCAGCAAGUACAAGCGAUUAAUGAUGCAUCGCAUUAAGUGGGAGGAGGAUACGGUGAAGGACAAUGACGGAAACGACGUGCCUAACAGGUGCGUCCUUGUGUGGGAAGGCACCAGCAAGCAGCGCCACUUCGGCGAGAUAAAGUUCAAGAUUUGUCCCAUUGAGAAAAUGGCCCGAGAACACUUUAAGAAGCAUCAGGUCGAACAUUACUGGGACCUUGCCUACAGCGGAGCGGUACUCGAUAAUACGGACGAUAUUCGCCCUUAAGACGCAGAGUUAAGAUCGGCGACCGAACUGACGUCCAUGUUGGCGUGAAAGUCGUAAUUCAAUUACGAUUCUUAUUAAGCGACCGAGGGCAAUCGUUGCUCCGUUACUCAGUCGCGUUCCUCGUCUUAGAUCCUCUUUAAGAUCCGACUGCUACGUAGUGGAAUCUCGGUAAAUGAAGAAUUCCUCGGAGGGGGCCAGAAAUUGCGACUUAAGUCAUUGUCCGAUCGUAAUCGUAAUUGAAUUGCACCCUCAUACCGAUUACGGGCGCUUAUACCCUGAGUCCCGGGGACUCUCCGAGUAAGCCAGUAAUUAUGGAAGGAUAAUAACGAAGAAUAAAUUGUUUACUAGAAC